AUGCCACGCAAGAACAUCCCCGAAGACGUCUCGAUAUUUCCUCAAAUAUCGUUGAACGACAUCCGCGGCAAACUUUUCGUCUUACGUGACGACUUGGAUUUCGAUUGGGAGCCAAGUGGUAACGCUGUGCUCAAGUUGCUGUUCUCGUUGAGGCUUUCUGCAGCUUUAUGGAGCAAUAUAAGCGACUGUGAUGAGGUUUACAACUACUGGGAGCCGCUUCCAUUUGCUCUUGUUUGGCAAGGGGCUCCAAACAUGGGAAUAUUCUCCAAUAUAUGCCAUAAGGUCAUAUUUCUACAUAUAUCUUCACUACAUUCCUGCAAAUAUUCUCUAUCACUUAUUGCCUUA